AUGGAGGUGCUGGCUUCCCCUGCUGCGCAGGCGUUUUCCGCCUCCGCGCACUGCGCGCUCCGCGCGUUGUCCCCCGCACUCGGCGGAGGCGGACUGCACAAUGCGGCCUCGCUGCUACCACUCCGCUCCGCGGGCCUCGUAAAGAAGUCGCUAUGCCGGCCGUCGCACGCUGUCGCUGCUGCUGAUAACAACCACCGAUCGCCCGCAAUUCGCGCUGGUAGCAAUUCGGCGGACGAUGCGGCGGCAGAUGCGCUGUGCCGGCGGCAAGUCCUCGGAGCGCUGGCGAUCGCGCCGACUCUGCUGAUGGCGCCGCGAAUGGCUCAAGCGGAGGAAGCAGCGGUGGCAGUGGCGGGAGAAGAAGUCGCUGCGGGAUCCGCGGCGGGUGACGCGCCGCGAGUGACGGAGAAGGUGUUUCUCGAUAUUGCCGUGGACGGCGCGCCCGUGGGGCGGCUGGUGAUCGGCGUUUACGGCGAGGCUGUGCCAAUCGGAGCUGCUCGGUUUGCGCAGCUGGCCAAGGGCGUGGCGGGCGUGUCGUACCGGCGGAAGGACUUCGUGCGCCUCACCGACUCCUACGUGCAGGGGGGCGCCCUGCGCGCCUUCUCCCUCACCGGCUCUGCUGCCGACCCUGCCGCGUUUGUCGGCGGCUUGAACGCGGACGCUGUUGCACAGGAGCUGCAGCAGCUGCAGAUAGCAAAGCCCGGUCCAGUCUACAACAAAGCCUACUCCGUCGCUCUCUUUGCCAUCGACCCAACCAUCCCCCCUCCGAAGCAAAAGCUCGUCGCACGAGGGGGGAAAUUUGAGAUGGUGGAGGAGGAGUUGAAACCGGCCCCCAACGGCACCGAAUUUGCCGUCUCCUUUACAGACUGCCCUGAAUUAGACUCCACGCACCUGGUGGUGGGACGGGUGCUGGAUGGGUUUGGCGUUCUGGAGAAGGUUCGAGAGGUGCCGUUUGUGCGGGACGGCACUGACAACGGCUUUUUCAAGGCUGCUAAAUUGAUAGGUGAUACCAGGGCAACAGUAGCAGAGAGGGGGUUUUACCGCCCAUACAAGAAGAUUACAAUCACCAAGUCAGGUGUUCUAGCAUAG